GUUCUUUUGAUAUCCGUCAUCGAGGCAUUCAUCAACGAUGGCAUCCUUUAGAUUCUGCAUGGAGUGCAACAACAUGUUGUAUCCCAAGGAAGACAAGCUGAACCAGCGGCUUCUGUACUCGUGCCGUAACUGCCCUUACAAAGAGCUCGCGAGUGAUCCGCGAGUCUACCGGAACGAGAUCUUGGCUGAUGUCAGUGAGACGGCGGGCGUGACGCUUGAUGUUGGAACUGAUCCUACUCUGCCCCGAUCAAACAAGGAAUGCCCCCGCUGCCACCACAAAGAAGCAGUGUUUUUCCAAAGUCAGCAGCGAAAAGCCGAGACAAACAUGGUGCUGUUCUAUGUAUGUGUUGAUUGCGGCAAGAUCUUCCAUUAGAGAUCUUGUAUUAUCUCUUAUAAAACCACGGAGGUUAUAGUGUACAUUAGUGGUCUAUUCGUUACAUGGAGUUUUGC